AUGAUGGAUGGCAUAUUCAUUCAUUCACUCAAUAUUACUUGUUUAUUUAAUACUAUUGCUAUGUUAAUCACAUUGUAUUUCACAUUGUUUUGUUGA